AUGGCCGCAUCUAAUGGUGGGCUUCAACGGCACAGUGUAAAGCCAGGCUUGACUUCAGUUAAUCACUCGACGGAGAAGGAUGUACUCGGAGAGUUGAGUAAUUCGAAUGACUUCAACUCUCGAGACAAUGCACCCUCGAGCUUGACAAGAAUACCGGCCGGUUAUGGCCAGGCUAGAGACGCAGACAAAAAAGAACGAAAACCACCGCAGACCAUUAAACAACUACGAGAGGCAGCUAUAGGAGCAGCUCAGGACAAUACAAGUCGUAAUGUCCCGAAGAAGAAGCCCGAGAUGGGAGGUAAAUUUCCACCUGUUCAACAAAAGAAAAAGCCUUCAUUGUUUGGCGGACUCUUCCAAGUAAAAGAGCCGACGCAAGUGGCUUUGAACCAGGUGGCCGCUCAAAUGAUCGCUCAACAUGGAUCUACCAGUCCCACCAAAGUGCCAAAUGUACGCCUCGAAAGGAUGCCCGAACAUGUUCCCAAAGUAAACACCAAGUGGGAUGGAGUUCCUGAUAGUGUCAGGCGACGGGAUCAAAGAGAGAAAGAAAUUGUGAAAGGACCGAUGAAAGAUCUCUUUUCCCUUGAUGUGUCCCGUUCUGGGAGCAGUGGACGUGAGGAUGAUGGUCGGCGACGACUCAAUAGUAGAAAUUCGAGCUCGACGACUGGGUCAUUUAGCAGCCGGGGAAGAUCAGUUGGCUCGGGCGGUAGGACGGCUCACAAUCGGUUCUAUGCUCAGUCCGUCAACUCUUCGGGAGACUUGGCCUCACAGCAGAGAGCAGAACGUGCAAAAAACGAUAGUACGCCGGCUCACUCCCACUCCGCUUCCACAUCAAGCCUGCCUGCAAGCGCCACGGACACGUUGCCAGAUAUCCCUGACUACCUACGUGAAGCGAUUGUUGCCUCUCGAUCGAAUAUCAAGCCCGAUGGUGGGGAUGAUUUGGAACAGAAUAGGAAACGAACUACGGUGCUCAUGAGACCGCCAGAAGACGCAAUUACUCGGCUCAAAAUAAGCCAGGUUCCGGCUGUUGAAGAUGUCCCAAAACACUCCAUCUCACCACUUCCGUCUCCGCACGAUUUUGCUCCUGCUACACCAUCCUCUCUCCAAGCAGGCGAUGCAUACAACUUCAGAAAUAGGAGCCCAAUUGUCGAGCAUUCAACGUCAAUGUUUCCCAGUCCAGACAGUCCAGAAUCGACAUCCAUGCCGGAGAGAAAACCACCGCCGAUCAUGACCCCAGGAUUUCUUGCUGGAGAGGCCCAAGAAUUGGUUCUCCCUGAUGACGAGAGUGAUCAACGCACCUCAGAUUUGCCCUUGCGAAGCUGGAACUCAGGUCGCUUGGACACCUCCACGACCUCUGCCUCAGUCAGAUCUCGAGUCCAACAGGAUCUGGAAAAGCGCCCGGACAGUUCUCGAGCUAGACUUGGCCUUCGUGCUAGUAUGUUGGUUCCAGAUGAUCAAAAUCCAUGGGAGCAAAUUGAACAGCAAGCACUGGGUGCUGUAUCUCCACGAAGACCGACCAGUCCUCGACUUGUCGCCAGUCCCCGGGGAAAGUUCUCUAAAAGUUUCGGUAUAUUCAACAAAUGA